AUGAAUGGAAAGACUAGCUCAAACACUUCACUUGGCAUUACCUCGGCAUCCCACGAGGUUCCUGUGACGGUUGGAAACAAUGGUGUGGACACGUCUGUUGCUCCGUGCGGAAUAAGGCGUAGUAUGGCUGAGACAUUGGUUCAUGGUUCACCGCAUUCUGGCGCUGGCACAACUUCACAUUUAUCUUUAAGUGCUCAGAAGCAUGAGGAGAUGACUCUUAAGAAUUCGCAGUUAUUAGUCCCUAUGAUGCCGCAUUUGCCAAGAUCCAUGGCUGCUAGCUCUUUGGGGAAGUUGAAGGUCAAGACAAGCCCACAACGGCAUCCCAUUUCGCAUUCUGGCAAUUCCCAUGAUUUCAACACUUUGCGAGAGCUGAACGAUGUAUCUUUAGCCACAAAGCACAACGUGAGAUUUAAUGGAAGUAGAACGCUAACCACAACGUCCAACGCUACAUCCGCUUCUUCUAGUAGUACAAGUAUUUCAACUCCUUCUGCAUGGAUGACAUUGGAGAAGAAACCUACUCUUCGAACCCAGAGUAGAAGAGAUUUCCUUAAGAAUCUCUCAAGGAAAAGUGCCUCAAAAGAUGCGUCUCGUGUCUUGGAGAAAUCUAAAGCAAGCACUAAAAAUGACAUUAGCUGCACAACUCCGAAAUCCUGA